AUGCUCAAUCAAACUGCUGCCAACUUUGCAAGCUUCACCACAACCACCAUCGUAGCCACAGCUACACUCCAUACCAUGCCUUCUACCAUACCUGCCAUCAUACCUGCCACCAUACCCGCGUCCAUACCUGUCCCAAUACCCGUGUCCACAAGCACAAGCACAAAUGUGCACAUGGACACACAUUCUCUCCGGGAGGAGAGGAAUCGGAAGAAUCGAGCUGCCGUUGCCAAAUCACGGGCGAAGCAGAAAGCUUUGGCCCGCUCCUUGGAGGAAAAGCUUGGGAAGCGGGAGAUUGAGAACGAGGAGCUUCGGGGAACCCUUGCGGGUUUGAAGCGAGAGGCAGAGGAGUUGAAGGAGCUCCUUUGCCUCUCGACAAUGUUGUGUAUUUUCGAGCACGGCCUCUAA